CGGCUAUUGCAGCUAUUGGAUUGGCCGACAUUUGAAGUGGGAACAGGAUAAUUCAGGCAACUCGCCGAAGAGUUAUGUUUUUCUAUCUUCACCAAAAGCAAAACCAAGUAUACAGGAGUAAUUUUGGGUUUAAUAAGUGCAGUUCUACUGCUUAUGUUGGCACUUGUUUCUUUGAUCAGGCAAAAUCGUAAGGUGAAAAGGAAGAAAAGAUUACAUGAACUCCUGACAUUGGAGGGAUAUACAGGAAGUUACGAGCUCGAGAAUAGAGGAACCAAUGGUCAUCAACUUCAGCUUUUCACUUAUGCAUCCAUCACAUCUGCCACAAACAACUUCUCCUGCAACAACAAACUGGGAGAGGGCGGUUUCGGCCCUGUUUAUAAGGGUAGAACACAAGAAGGCAAAGACAUAGCAGUGAAGCUUCUUUCGCGAAAGUCGGGACAAGGCUUGCUUGAGUUCAAAAAUGAGCUCAUACUCAUUUCUGAACUGCAACAUGUCAACCUUGUUAAGCUUAUAGGAUUCUGCAUUCACAAAGAUGACAAAAUGAUUAUAUAUGACUACAUGCCUAACAAAAGGAGCAGUUAGAUUGGGAGAAACGGU